AUGCCCACUGCCAUCAUCCCCGUGUAGCGCAGGAGAGCUCCAGCCCGGUCCAGUUUGCCGCAGAAACACACCGUCUGUCCGCACAGCUGCAUGUCGCAGUGUGACACAGGGAGCCCGAUGUCUGUGGCAAAUGCGAAACACACUGUUCUGAAUCCGGUGAUCCCCUACACUGGGCCCAUACCUGGAGGCCUGCACCCCGGGGAGAUCAUCAUCAUCCAGGGCACCGUGCCCCCAGAUGCUGACAGGUUUCAGAUCGACCUGUCGAGCGGCUGCAGCACCAAGCCGCGCUCUGACGUCGCCCUCCACUUCAGCGCUCGCUUCAAAGGCUCGCCCUGUGUGGUGUGCAACUCCCUGCUGCAGGAGAACUGGGGCAAAGAGGAGACGCUCCACCAGCUGCCCUACAAACGCGGAGCCCCCUUCGAGACCAUCGUCCUGGUGCACGAGGACGUCUUUAAGGUGGCAGUAAAUGGAACUCACCUGCUGGAAUACAAGCACAAAAUCCCCCUCAACAGGGUCGACACGUUUUCUGUUUCGGGGAAAGUCAGGGUGCACGCUGUUGGCUACAUCCCCAACUCAGCAAUAUAUUCAGAAUCAGGUGACUUGAGCCUCCCUUACAAAGGCAGCAUACUCAAAGGACUGAACCCAGGGCAGCACAUCACGAUAAAAGGCCAGGUCAGCAUGUAUCCUCACAGUUUCACGGUGAACCUCCGCAACAGCAGGACGGAGAACAUCGCUCUGCACCUGAACCCCCGCAUGAAGUCCGGCGUGUUCAUCAGGAACUCGUACCUGAGUGAGUCGUGGGGUCAGGAGGAGCGGGAGCUGCCCUUCUUUCCCUUCUCGUCGGGGGAGUACUUUGAGAUCCUCCUCCUGUGUCAGCCUCACCAGUUCAAGCUGGCGGUGAACGGCUCACACUUGUUUGAGUUCAGACAUCGGGUGCAGGACCUGAGCAGCAUCGACCAGCUGGAGAUCAUGGGCGACCUGGAGCUCACCGACGUGAAGCUGUGGUGACGCGGGAACUCCGCACAGAAAUUAAGUGUCACCGACACUAUUGCGUUCCGGUUAUCAGUGCUAAAUUAGCUUAGCCACAAUGACCCAGACGAUGGAAGGUGGCGAACCCUGAGCUGACUUCAGGUUUGAAUGUGGGGUCAGGUUAGUCCUGCAGCAACCAUUGGUCAUUAAAUUUUAAGCUACUCUAGCAUUCUCAUUGACCAAAGGCCAUGGACAGGUCCUGCCGCGGAGUAAAUCUUUUCAGCCCCUUUUCAGGAGGACUGAUGCAUGAGAGAAAGCUGUGCUGGAGCAUCAGGCCGCGAGCCGCCAUGACUGUUUACAAGUUAGGUGUCCCUGGAUCAUUUCUUAUUCUGUCUCUAGUGCAUCUCUGCUGUGAUUCAGCCUGUUUAGGUCAAACAGGAAAUAUAUGUAAAUGUUAAUAAGCACUUCAGCACUGGCUUUGCUUAUAUGUACAUUAUAAGACAGUCAGACAACAAAUGAAACAGGAGGGCUCCAUUGUUUUUGGAGCGACGUCCAGCAAAAGACUAAUCACUGUAAAUUUAUUGUACAGCUAAUUAAAAAAAAAAAUCCAAACAUUUCUCAUUUUUACAACGUGAUGGUAUUUCUUUUUAAACAAACAAAAAAGAAAUCUGCCUCUGAAUUUUCAUUUUUAACCCACCCAGUGUUUCAUUUAUUAACCAGUCUGUUGCCAUCUUCAGGAUUCUUUAACGUACGAUAGUGUCCCACGCACCUGAUUUAAGAACUUACCAUGUGAUGCUGCAACAGGACUCAAGCACAGCGCAGUUACAGGGUCGACAACAUUUCAGCAAACCUAACAAAUGACAUUUUGCGAUCUGUAUUAAAUCUAUAGAAUAUAGUCCAGUCUUGCAUCUGUGACCAUCUCUCGUCUCACUGCUGCAAUCAGUGAUCAGUCCUACUCCAAAAUGAAAAAAGACUAACGAAUGUAGGAUUGUCAUUAAGGCAUUUUCUAUUGUAAUGAUUGUAAAAAAAAAAUAAAUAAAUGUAUGGAAAGAAUUCCCUAUGUAUCAUACAUUAUUUAAUAAUAAAUAAAUGUGUUGCUAUUA